AUGGCCGGCCAAAAGAAUCACAAGCCCGAACCAGAGGCUCCGAACGCCGCCGACCAUGGCGAGACGAAGCCGCAGAAGAAGCACAAGAACAAGCACAAGCGGAAGAUGGAAGAAAACGACCUGGAUAUCGUUACAGAAUCGAAAAGCGACGCCAAGAAGAAGAACAAGAAGGAGAAGCCUGAAGAAAUGGUGAAGCUGAAAUUGGACGAAUCAGAGGAAAAGGGAGCGGUUAAUGGGUCGGUCGGAUCUUCAAAGAAGAAGAAGAAAGAGAAGGAGGAGAAAAGUAAGAGAGAAGGUGUUGAGCAUGUUGCGGAGGGUGUGAGAGAGGGAACCGGCGUUGUGGUGUCCGGGAAAAACGUGAAUAAUUCGAAAUACAAGGCCUUGGACUCGUUUGUGGAGUCUGGGCUCUCGAGUGAAAUUUUGGACUGCUGUAGAACAUUUGAUAAGCCGUCGCCAAUUCAAGCUAAUUCUUGGCCUUUUCUGCUUGAUGGCCGUGAUUUAAUUGGAAUUGCAGCCACUGGGUCCGGUAAGACGCUUGCAUUUGGAAUUCCUGCAAUGGUUCACGUUCGAGGCAAGCGAGAGAGCAGUACCUCUAAGAAAGUGAUUCCACGUUGUCUUGUUCUGUCACCGACAAGGGAGCUGGCUCAACAAAUUUCAGAUGUUCUUUGUGAUGCUGGCAAGCCUAGUGGAGUAAAGUCAGUUUGUAUAUAUGGAGGAACUUCUAAAGGACCCCAAAUAUCUGCUCUAAAAUCUGGUGUGGACAUUGUUAUUGGAACCCCAGGUCGUUUGAAGGACUUGAUCGAAAUGGGAGUGUGCAACCUAAAGGAGGUAUCCUUUGUGGUCCUAGAUGAAGCUGAUCGCAUGCUUGAUAUGGGAUUUGAACCUGAGGUUCGCUCAAUAUUAAGUCAAACAUGCUCAGUUCGCCAGAUGGUAAUGUUUAGUGCAACAUGGCCUCCAGCUGUGCAUCAAUUAGCUCAGGAGUUCAUGGAUCCGAACCCAGUUAAGGUGGUUGUGGGAUCGGAAGAUUUAGCUGCUAACCAUGAUGUCAUGCAGAUAGUGGAGGUGUUGGAUGAUCGGGCACGUGAUGAACGGUUGCAGAAUUUGCUAGAGAAAUACCACAAGUCUAGAAAGAAUAGGGUGUUGGUUUUUGUUUUAUACAAGAAAGAAGCAUCAAGGGUAGAGAAUAUGCUGCACAAAAGGGGUUGGAAAGUCGUAUCUAUAAGUGGUGACAAAGCACAAUCUGCAAGAACCCAAGCACUGUCUCUAUUUAAAGAUGGUACAUGUCCUCUAAUGAUAGCAACUGAUGUUGCUGCUAGAGGAUUGGAUAUUCCUGACGUUGAAGUUGUCAUUAAUUAUAGUUUCCCUCUCACGACAGAGGAUUAUGUGCACAGAAUAGGUCGGACUGGGAGAGCUGGUAAGAAGGGAGUGGCCCACACCUUCUUCACGAAGGAAAACAAGGGACUUGCUGGGGAGUUAGUAAAUGUUCUCCGCGAAGCUCAGCAGGUCGUGCCUGAAAGCUUACUGAAAUUUGGGACUCAUGUCAAGAAAAAGGAGUCGAAGCUGUAUGGUGCUCAUUUCAGAGAAAUUGAUGCUAAUGCUCCCAAAUCUACAAAAAUAAAGUUCGACAACUCUGAUGAUGAAGAUUGA